GGGGCCGCCGCGGUCCCGACCUUGCUGUCCCGGGCAAGAUGUGGCGGCGCUGGGAAGUGGAAUAUGACGAGAAAAGGGAGCUGCGGGACCUCAACUCCCGGCUGCGGGUGUUCGUGUCCCGCGUGCGGGAGUUGGAGGAAGAGAACCGCUUUCUGGCGCGGGAGUUGGCGGAGCUGAGGGAACAGGAGCUGAUCGGGCUGCGGGUGCCCGAAGAGGAGCUGGCCUGGCUGCGGAUGCAGCUGGAAGAACUGAGUCGGGCGAAGCUGGAAGCGGAGAUGGAGCGGGACGGGCUGCGGCGUGAGCUGGAGCAGUUGCAACUGCUGGGCGCCGAGGUGCUGGCGAUGCGGCGCCGGCUGGAGCCCGAACUGGCCGGGCAACGGCAGCUGCUGGAGCGGCUGAGGGUCGAGUGCGUCGACCUGGAGGAGUUGCUACUGCAGCUGCAGGCCGAGCAUGGGCACCUGGCGGAGCGGCAGAGGCGGGAGGCUCUGGAGAUGCGGGAGCUACGGAUGGACCUGGCCGCUUUGCCACCGCCCUUGGCCGGGCUGAGCCUGGAGGAGCUCGAGGAGACCUACGAGGUGCUACUCAGUCAGAGCUGCCGGGAGACUCUCCUGCGCUACCAGGAGCAGUUGCAAGUGCUGCAGGAGCAGGAGGCGCAGCGAAGCCAGGAGAACCUGGAGCUCUUGCGGGAGGAGAGCCGGCAGUGCCGCCAGCACCUGGAGGAUCUCCACCGCCAGGGCCAGGAGCUGUGCGAGCUCCGGGAGCGGCUGGAACAGGAGCUGCUCGCCUUGCAGGACCGCCACGGUGCCGAGGUGGAGGAGUACCAGAGGAUAAUUGAUGCCCUAGAAGAGGAAAAGCAGUUCCUGACCAUGUCAAUCACAGAUUACCUGAAAGACUAUCAAGAAUUACUGCAGGUGAAAGCAGGCCUCAUCCUUGAGAUUGAAACCUACAGAGCUUUGUUAGAAGGGGAGAGCAACCAGUGGGUUAUUACAUGGAGAGAUCAGUAUGAAAGGAAAUUACCUCAAGAUAUUAUAAACACUUCAUAUAACUACACUGAUAUUUACUCUACUUACCAAGAAAGAAAUAGAAAUAAAGCUUCACCAGCUAUCAGGAUCACUGAUACAAGACAUAGGAUGCCACUGACAAACACUAGCAGUUCUGCACGUUAUUCAGUUCAAUCAACACAGGCUGGAUACCAGACAACAGCUAGUGGAAGAGCUCCUGGAAGAGAUGUACUUGGUUCAGGAUUUCAUCCCUCAACGACUGUUAAAAAGGAUGAAAGGAUUGUAGCAGACCACAAAGAAUUCAGAACAUUUACUCCAGCCUCCAGUAGCUGGAAGAGCACUGAAAUGCAGCAGAAGACAAUUCCAGAAAGAAAGAAAACAGAAAUCACAACUUCCUCCACAGUAUCAUUUUCAAAAGGCUCUGCUGGAAGAGCAGACAAAGACCACAAGCCUGACACAAAGCCAGGGGUUUCUGGAAGUACAACAAAACCAAACUUGACUAGAUUUCCAGUUUAUGAGCUGAGUACCAAUUUUAAACCAUCUAAAUAUGAAGAAACCAUAACUGAAACUCAGACCACAGUAAGAGAAAUAAGAGAAGGAAGCAAACCAUCUGAAGAGAAAACAUCUCUGCUGAAAGAAAAAGAUAAGCUAGAGAAACAAACAAGGGAGGAGAAAAAGAAAAUGGAUGAGAGAUCUUUGAUAGAAGAAAUAAAUGCUGAUUUUGGAAGGAAGACUGAGCAGAAAAAGUAUAUCCGUGAGGAAGUCAUCAACCAGAAGUUAACAGAGAGUGGCAUUUCUCAUGCAGAAACUUUGCAAAGCAAAUCAAACAAAGAUAAACGUGUGACCUUAGACUCAAGAAGCGAAGAAGGCAUUGAGAUACCCAUCAGUCUUGAAAAGCCUGCUCCCCACCAAGAAUCUGAGAGUAAUAGAGGAAUGAGGUUACAAGGUGUUAAAACCUCCAUGGGAAGAGAAACAGAUGAGCACAUAACUAAGCCUGCUGAAAUUCCCAAAGUGAGUGGUUCAGAAGCAGAAUCCAGUCUGAAAGAUGAAGAAGAAAUUACUGAGAGCAGUCAUAAAAUGGGAACCAAAUCAACUGAAAACAUAGCAGAGAAUAUUGUUGCUGACAUUCUUAAAAGCUUUACACAGUCUUCUAGUUCACAAAUCUCAACAGACACCAAAGUGACCUAUUUUAAUAAGAAAGAACAACCAGACGAUGGGAAAAUGAAGACUGAGAUCACAGUGCAGUCUCAAAUACAGGAAAACAUAGAUAUUUCUGAUAAAGGUGAUGUAGGAGGUCUAUCAAACCAGGAUGUUAGAAAGGUGAUUCGAGAGGGUGUUGUGGGAACUCCUUCCAAAGAGGAGAUAGAAGAUAUAGUACAUCAUGGCUUGAAAGGAAAUGAGGGCGGAAAGAAUGCAUCUGUUAAGGUUGAGAUUGUAGAGGAGAUGCUGGAUGAUGCCACCGAUGAAAGGACUGAACUUUCAACGCCUUUUGAAGUAGAAGAAGUGGAAGAUACGGACCGUGAGAGAGAGAGGCGGUACGGUGACGAGGAGGAAGUAACGUUUACAUACGAAGAUGUUAAGAAGAAGAAAGAACGCCAGGAGAGCUUCGCUCAUGUGGAGGAAGUAACCGAGGAAGAUGACUCGCCUGUUGAACAGAAGUAUUUUGUAUCAGUUCCUGAUGAUUAUCCUAUUACUGAUGAAAAAGAGGACGACUCAGUGUAUGGGCAAAUUCAUAUAGAAGAAGAGUCAACUAUUAAAUAUUCUUGGCAAGACGAAUUUUUGCAAGGUACGCAAAGUAAGAGAGACGAAGAAGAAGAAACAUACCAAGUAGUAGGGGAGGAAGCAAGUGCCCAUAUUUUAAAAGAGCAUCCUGAUGGGGAAUCAUCCCAUGUUGAAUCUGUUGUUAUUGAAAAAGAAAUUAAAAUUCCUCAUGAAUUUCAGACUUCAAUAAAAGGGCUUUUAUCAAAGGAAACAAAGGACCCUAAACAUCAAUUGAAGGAAGCUUUGGAGAAGCUGGAGGGCAGUCUCCCAGAAAGUGUGAAAGAAGAGUUGUCUGCAUUGACAAAACAAAAUCAAGCUGACUCUAGCAGCUUAGAAUUUGAUAUCAAAAAGGUUGAUCAGAAAGAGGAGGGUGGCAUGGUGACAAUUGUUGCUGAGGUCAAUCUGUCACAGACCCUUAAUACUGAUGAACUUGAUGUAGCUCAACUUGAUGAAGUGAUUGCAGGUGAGAAGGAGAAGGCAACGCUGCACUCCAUGACAAAAGAGAGCUUGGAGAGAGUUGUGGAUGGUAGAGGUGACAUCAGUGAAGAAAUCUAUAACUCAUCUACAGUGAGGAGGAGUGGUGGUGCAGGGUAUCAUGCCUCUGAAAAAGUCAUUUAUGACAGUUCUGUUUUGGAAGCUGCAGAUUUUGGGGAAUUCUCUCACUCGGCACAAUCAGCUGAUGAGGCCACAUCUGUAAGGCAUAUUCAGGUUGGUCCAGCAGAAGCUCAGAGAUUUGAGCAGAUCAUGUAUGAAGGGCCUGGUUCUGAAACCCUGGAGCUCAGUGCUGCAGAAGACGUUGUCCAGACAGAAGGAUCGUCAGAGUUUAGCCGAUCUGUGAGGCAUUAUAAACUGGGUCCUAAUGAAAUCCAAACCACAGAAGAAGUAAUUUUCACAGGCCCUAUUACUACCACUGUAGAAGAGAUUGAUUCUGGAAAUCUUUCCCAGAAGUUUUCAACAGACUUCAACAGGUCCACAAGACGUGUCACAGUAGGAUCAAGACAAAUAACUGAAGAAGUUUUGUUUGAAGGGCCUGUUUCAGGCUCUGUGGAGCUCAAUAGCUCAGGUAGUCUGCCUCAGGCAGAAGGGUCUGUGGAUGUCAGCAGAUCAAUGAGGCACUUCAGAUUAGGCCCAAAAGAGAUUCGUACUGAGCAAGUUAUCUUUCAAGGACCAAUUUCUGGCAAAGUGGAAGUCAGUGACACUAGAGACUUCUCACAAACAGAAAGUUCAAUCAGACACAUUCAGCUGGGUCCCCAAGAGUUUAUGACAGCUGAAAAAAUCAUCUACCAGGGGCCCAUCUCUGAACACAUAGAUCUUCCACAAAUAGAAGAGUCAUCUGAGAGCAGUAAGUCUGUAAAGCACAUUAAAGUAGGAUCCAAGGAAGGAUCUUUUGCUUUUCAAAUGGAUGUUUCCAAUAUGGGUGGAAUAUCCACAGUAGAAUGUGGAGAGCAAGCAACAAUGCUUGUAACCCAAAAGCAAGACCCUUCUGUUGGUCAGCCACAGAUCGUAGUUGCAAGCGACCGGAUUGUAGAAAGUGAAAACAGAAGUGGUGGCUAUGUCCUCUCCAGUUUUGCUCAAGACCACGGUGAAAAUGUAGUGAAAAAGUCAUACUUUGAUCAAAGUGUACAGAUGCAAAGAAUGGUAGACCAAAGGUCAGUAAUUUCUGAUGAAAAGAAAGUUGCUCUUCUCUAUCUGGACCAUGAGGAGGAAGACGAUGAUAAUGAUGGGCAGUGGUUCUGAAAGGACUCUGUAGUGAAGUCUGCUCAGUAAUUUAUGCAUAUUUUUGAUUCUCCUUUUUCUAAAAAAGAAGAAAGGAUGAGGAAGCACUCAAAAUAUUGAGAUUAUUGAUAGUGGACUGAGAAGUAUUGAAUCUGAGCUUCUACCUAUUCGGCACACGUUUU